AGCAUUUGCCAGCCAGGCUCACCCUGGGCGCACGCUCCCUCGCGGGGGCGGACCUGCCCCCCACCUCCCCCCCCACCCCGCCCCUGGCGGCCGCUCGCCCCGAGGUGCGCCAUGGACCGAUGGCCAGGUACGCGCCCCUUGGGGGAGCGGGCGGGCCCCGGGAGGAGGCGGAGGUCGCAGACGCGGGGGGGCUCUCGGCAGCGCGCGCGCUGCAGGCCGGCACGCCAGAGGGCAGGCGGGGGCGCACGUGCUGCCCGGAGGCGAUCUGCGGCCUGGACGUCGACGACGUGUUCGCGUAUACCACCACGAAGAGCGUGAGGAUACGGGACGUGCGCUUGGGAUUGCUCCACUACGCCCUGAUGUCUGCGAUCUUCGUGUACGUUGUUGUCUACAAGCUGAUCUACAGCUGGGGGUACCUCAAGUUUUGGGAUCCGCAGAGCACAAUCCGCAUGACACUGCAGCAGCCUACGAUGGACCAGUGCGAUCCGACCAAGCAUGCUUGCACUGACAACUUCGCGGCGUUGGGCCAGUUAGCAUAUUGCUGCCAGUCCAACUCAAGUUGCCAAAGGAGAAAUUCGGACGACAGCUGCAGUUGCGAUUUUAGCCCCGAAUUCAAAAACUAUGAUUGCGUUUACCUUGACGGCGCUGAUGCUUCACACCAGCAAGAGGGUUCGAUGUUUGUUGCCACCUUUACGCGUGUUUACUCCCAGGUGCGGGAGUGUUUCAUAGACGACAUAACUUGCUCGAAGCUGUGGGAUACGCGUAGCGAGAGGCUGGCGUUCACUGCGAGCAUCGAGGACUACACGAUUCUCAUCGAUCAUUCCAUGACGUACGGGCAGGCCAGAGGCUCGAAGGAUCCUUCGUACAUGUCAAGGCAAAUGGAGGGCAAGUUGGCUGUCGUAGGCAGCGGCCCGGCCCAGGAUCGUCUGUGCGCAAGCUACCCGAACGCUACUGCUGCAGGUUUUGAUUGGACGGAGUUCCUCUUCAAGACGGGCUUCUUCUUCGACACCGGCCAGCCUGCCACGGCGGCGCCGUGCCUCCUGCCCCCAGAUUCACAAACUGGCGCUGCAGGCGCAGAUUUGUUCAAGAUCUCGACUCUGCUGGAAGCGGUGGGCGUCCGCCUCGACGAUCGCAGCUACAAGGGUGGCAGCCACUCCAGGCGUUACGAGGGUCUUGUCGUGAGGAUCGCAGUUCAGUACCACAACGUGAGGCAGUGGCGUCUCAAGCCUCUGGACACGCCGUACUAUUUUUAUGACGUCAGCAUCAUCAACGGGAGCACCUACAAGGAAUUUGGUUUGGUUCCACGGUCUACCAUCGGCACUGAAGAAGACAAGCUACCCCCCAACGACGCGCUGAUUCACAGAGACCUUCUGGACCAGCACGGAAUCCUUUUCCAGGUAGUCAGCGCAGGCCGGCUGGCGACUUUCAGUAUGUCGCAGAUGCUCAUCCGUCUUACGACGAGUCUCGCUUUGCUGGCGGGGACAAGAGUGAUCGUGAACAUGCUGGCGCAGUACGCUCUCAAAUUCAAGGCCUACUACGCCAAUGCCCUAUACGAAACCACUGCCGAUUUCUCGGACCUGCAGAGGGUGCACGAGAUGUCGGAUGCCCAGCUCGAACAGGAGCUACGAAAUAGGAAUCUGGACCCGCGGCGCGGCCCGCGCGAGCGGCGCGUAGCGCAGCUGCUCGAAUCUGGCUUCGAUCCUGAGCCAGGUCUUUUUUCCGUUCAGUCCUCCUCCUCCUCCUCCUCCUCCUCCUCCUCCUCCUCACCCCUUUCCUCCCCUUCUUCAUCCCCUCGGGCCCACUGCGGCACAUCCGAGUGAAGGCGUGGUUCCAUUCCACUCCAUGGUAAGUUCGCAUUGUAAAUUCCAUCGUAAGUUCACAAGGUUAACAAAACCAUUGGACUGCGCACCACAUCGUUCUCACAGCAGCGCGUGUAACGUUCUGGCGCGAGUCGGGAGACUCGCCAUCUGCUCCCCCGCCUCCGCCUGUUUCCCAUCAGGCUUCUGGCGGAGCCAGUGCUCGCAGCUGGGACCUCCCGUGGCUGCGCGAUGAAGAGUCGGCUGCCAAGACGAAGAGAGGAUCCAGACUCUCCAGUGGAUCUGAAAGUGGUUGAUUGACAGUUCCCCCCCCCAAAAACCCCCAGCCCUCGAAUCCCACAGCCCUUCAACCCCCCAGCCGCCCAACCCUCC